CUGGCGCAGCUGGGGCAGAGGUCUCCUCGCCGUAGCUUUGGGCAGCUGGAGCAGACGACUCAUCGCCGUAGGCUGGGGGGGCGUAGGCAGCAGCGGCAACGCCGGCCAGGCCGAGAGCGAAGAUCUGGGAGCGCAUUUGGAUUACAGAUACAGUUCGCAGGGCGUUGAUGAACGAGGGACAACGAUCAAGGACUGUGUGAGUGAAGGGGAGGGGAGGUUUAUAGGAGGCCGGCGGGAGGCACAUGGCUUUUGUUGUGCUGUUCCUGCGCUAGCUCAGCACACACGGAUGAGAGCAGUUUGGCUGCAUGGCGUUGAGGAUUGGCUGCGCAUCGGUGUGUACCUGCAGCCGCACAGCCGCAGUGCAUUGAGGCGCUUCAUUGGCAUCAUCAACGGCGCUCCAAUGGAGAUUCCAGGACCGUCAUUACGCCGACGUGUAGCCUUGUCGAUAUUGGUGCUGGCGUGUGGAGUCCGACCCACGCGCAUUCAGGUGACUCGUGAGCCGCUCCGUUGCGAGGCGUCAAGAUGGUGUGGGUGUGGGAAGUGUGGGAAGGGCACUUGGAGUUGGGUGAUGUGGAAAGUUGAUCCUUGUCUUGGCGUCGGCGAGCGAAAUAGAUGCCAAGCUCCUGCCACCACUUCUCGAUGGCGUCGAUAUCCACCACAAUACGAGGCCAAUCUCCUGCCGGCUCCACGUCUGCCUGAUGAUGACUGGGCCUCCAAUCGGGCCCUAACCACACUUCGCACCAAAGCCAGACAGGUCACAGGUGUGCGAGUCGAGGGCGCCUCGCCUCGCCUCGCCUCGUCUCGCCUCACCGGCCACCACAGCUGCGCGGCGCGGCGCACUUUGAUUCUCGAACAACCCAGCAGAGAGCGGGCGGUCAAGCUUCCACGGCGCGGUGUUCCACCAAUGCAUAUCAUACCGUCAGGCGUCGCAGGUCGACGGCGGUGGCUUGAGAGGUGCGAGCGACUUUCACACAACGGCGGCGGCGGCGGCGGUGCGCGAAAACGAUCGAUCACGCCCUUACGGACUCACGGUCGCGCCGUCACCAAGCACCUGACAUGGCCUGCAACGCGCGACAACAGCAUCGCGAGUCUAUACACACGCGUAGCCAAGCUCGUGUCACGCGUCCAGCCAACCACCCGCGACCAAACUACUCCUCUCCGCGGCUUGGCUUGGCCAGAUGACUCGCCUCCGUUUUUGAAGGAUCCUCCCUCCACACUUUCGAGUUUCUAUUUUGGCUACAACGGAAGAACCACCACAACAAAUGAUCAUUCCUUUUGCGACGUCCUGCUCUCUUUCUUGCACUGCUUUCGCGACGACGCCACUCUGGAUUAUUGGAAAUUGAAAUUAUCACAACAUCCAGCUCGGCGAACCGGCAAAGACAACAAGUACUUUGUGCGGUGCUGUACUGGUCGCCUGCGUCCCGCGUCUGACACUAGGAUGUCCUUGCGCCAGCAAGACUUUACAGGUUGGUCUAAGCGACGUAGGCCAGUUCUUCGGUUCCGUCUUCCCUCCGAUUCCGACGAAUGGAAGCAGAAACCACUACUCACCCAACAUGGACUCACGGAGAAGUCCCUAAGCGCCAAGCUACAAGUGGUAGGCACGGCAUUGCCGCAUUGCGAAGUGCUGAAAAUGUCGAAAGAUCAGUCUUAUUAUUUGAAAGCUCCAGCAACAAUCAUCCCAUACAUCUCCCAAAUUCUCCUCUUAUACGACACUUCGCAUCUCACCCGAUUUGAGCCUUUUAGCUGCUCGCAGCCUCCCAAGUCGGCGCUAUUGAAUUGGCUGCAAAUACAUUGA